AUGAAUUGCAGUGUUGCAUUUUCGGCUUAUCAAUCAACUGCUAAAAGUUACAAAGAACACGAAACAUGGAUAUAUGAUACAGUCCUCGUUAACGACGGGAGUUCAUAUGAGAGGACAACAGGAAUCUUUACUGCACCUUCUGACGGGACAUAUGGGUUUACAUGGGCAACAUUAACCGAGCCAAAUAAAAUGGCUCAUCCUCUCCUUAGGGUUAAUGGUCAGUAUAAAGGAUUCACAGCAUUCAACAACUCCGCCACGUCACAGAGAUUUUGGAGUAGCGGCUCUAAUACAGUUCUUAUUCGACUGAAGAAAGGUGACAAAGUCAACAUUGCUUCCGGAUAUGGAGCUGCAUAUGCAAGAGAGAAAUUUACCUCAUUUUCUGGAUGGAAGAUGCACUAA